CGACCGGGAGAGACGAUGGCCAAAUGGCUGAACAAGUACUUCAGCCUGGGCAAUAGCAAGACCAAGAGCCCUCCGCAGCCCCCGCGGCCCGACUACCGCGAGAAGCGCAACGGUGCCGGUAGCGCGCCCCGCCCCGAGGGGCCGCCGCACCUCCACCUCCACCACCACACCUCGCCCGGCUUUUCGCGCCGCCGACUGCGCGACGACACCAGCGACCUGCUCCGCGCGUACCGCGCCCAGAAGGACCGCGACUUCGAGGAUCCCUACAGCGGGCCCGGCUCGUCCCUACGCAAGCUGCGCGCCAUGUGCCGCCCGGACUACUCGGCGCCCGAGGACCUGGGUGAGGCAGCCCUCAAGGCUUCCUCCUCUUCCUCCUCCUCGUCUUGCUGCGCCACGCCUCCCACCACUGGCUCCCCGCACCUCUUCCGCAGCCACAGCGAGCGCCGCCCGGCGACGCCACCCGACGUGAAGUACAUCUCCCCCAAGCACCGGCUGAUCAAGGUGGAGAGCGGUGGUGGAGGCAGCGACGGCGCGGGCAAGAAGCUCAGCAAGGGCUCCAAGCACUCGAAGGCUGCUGCCCCCUCUGCCACGAAAGAUAAAGUAUUGAUAGCUGAUGACUACUCAGAUCCGUUUGAUGCCAAAAGUGAGUUGAACAGAAUGGGAAAAGGGGAGAACACUGGCUAUAUGGAACCAUACGAAGCCCAGAGAAUAAUGGCUGAGUUUCAACAGCAGGAAGGCAUGAAGUCCCAUCAGAAAAACAUGCAGCUCUAUGACACACCCUAUGAACCAGAAGGCAAUGGUGUGGAAUCCGACUCUGAAAGUGUGGUGAGUCGCCAUUUACGAGAAAGCAAAUUGCCACAGGAUGAUGACAGGCCUGCGGAUGAGUAUGAUCAGCCGUGGGAGUGGAACAAAGUCACCAUCCCAGCUUUGGCAGCCCAGUUUAAUGGAGGUGGGAAACGGCAAGCAUCUCCUUCUCCCUCAAGUGACCAGCACAGGCAAUUAAGAGCACCGGGAGGAGGCUUUAAACCCAUCAAACAUGGCAGUCCAGAAUUUUGUGGGAUCCUGGGAGAGAGAAUAGAUCCAACUAUUCAACUGGAAAAGCAGAUAUGGUAUCAUGGAGCAAUCAGUCGGACAGAUGCAGAAAACCUGUUACGUUUAUGUAAGGAGUGUAGCUACCUUGUAAGAAAUAGUCAAACAAGCAAGCAUGACUAUUCUCUUUCACUGAAGAGCAAUCAAGGUUUUAUGCAUAUGAAGCUGACGAAAACCAAAGAAAAAUACAUCCUGGGUCAGAACAGCCCUCCCUUCGACAGUGUUCCUGAAGUCAUCCACUACUACACUACAAAAAAGCUGCCUAUCAAAGGAGCAGAACACUUGUCCUUGCUCUACCCUGUGGCUGUACGGACUCUCUAA